UACCAUCUUCAGCAAAUCAUUUCUUAAGCUUCACAUUUAUGUAUAGUCGAGUAGCUCAACUCAUUCAAAUCCUUCAUUUGUUUUAGGUGAAGUUCAUUUCUUUAUCCUAGAUUGGAACUAAAUAUUUCCAGCUUCUGUACACAAAAAAAGAAAAGAAAAAGUUGAUGCCUUCAAUCAAAGUUUUUCAAAAUAAUUAGGCCUUCGAUACAAGAUUCAUAUGCCAAUAAAUUUUGUAUAGAGUGAAAUUUCAAGACAGGAAAUCAUGAGCAGGGAAGGAGAUUGGAUGUGUUCUGCAUGCCAGCACCUAAAUUUCAAGAAACCUGAUGCAUGCCAACGAUGUAGCUGCCCUAAAUAUGCAACACCGGCUGAUGUUGCCAUGUAUGGACUAAACAAAACUGAAGUAUUGGCUGGUGACUGGUAUUGCAGCGGUAUGAACUGUGGUUCUCACAACUACGCAAGCAGAACAAGCUGCUAUCGAUGUGGUGCCUCAAAAAGUGAUUAUUAUGGUAUUGGGGACGGAAUGAUGGCACCGGCAGGUUAUGGAUAUGAUUCAAGUGCUCUUCCUGGUUGGAAGAGUGGUGAUUGGAUUUGCAGCGGAAUAGGAUGUGGUAUGCACAACUAUGCCAGUAGAGCUGAAUGUUAUAAAUGCAAGACACCUAGAGAUUUUGGAGGUGACUUGAGAGAAAGUGAGUUAUAUUGAGGGCCGCGGCAAUAUGAAGUUUUUCUUUUUUUAAUCUUCCUGUAGAUUAGUUUUCAAAGAAGGGUUCUAACUGCAUUGUAACUGUGCAAGUGUUCUAAUGAAUGAAAUCCCUUCAGAUUUUGUAUUCUGUCUUUCAACAACUGCUUUUUGUCGGGUGCUCCAACGAAUAAUAUUAUGUAAACUUAGCACCCCUAUA